UUCAUGCUUUGCCGCUGGUCUAAGAGUCCAGUUCAACCACGGCAUACCUUCGUGUACCCCGUGGGCACCAUUCUACGACCGGCACUCACCUACUAUUCAUCGAGGAAUACUAUUGGCCGAAACUCAAAGUCAUACUGUGAAUUUUCAAGACAUUACUUUGCAAUAAAAUACCCAUUGAAUAUUACUUUUCGAGGAUUUCCUUUUUUUUUUCAACGGACAAGGAAUAACUGGAAUUAAAUGGUUUGUUUAUCCCUGACUGGAGUGAAAUAAAAAUUAUAGAUGAACAUUCACGUGGUGGUAAGGGGUGGAAGAUGAUGCGAAGGAUAAAAUAAAAAUUGAUUAAACAUCGUGGCUCGUUGUGGACUGCAAUCGAUUGAUGGAGAAAGAUGAAAAAUGAUAAAUUGUCCCUUAUGAUGUGACAGUGAUUGGUUGACUCGAUAAAUUGACUGAUAUUAAUUUAUUGCCCAUUUAAAGUCAAUGAACUUUGAUUGAAGUGUUAUAAUACGAGAUUCGCGGAUGAACAAAAUGGAAUCUCACCGGAGAAUUUGUUUGUUUAUAACGUUGUGCAUUGUGGUAACAAAGUGCCUGGGUAAUUUACUCGGUAUUGAGAUGGAUGAUGCUGGUGAGGAGUUUCUCCACGAGUACCUGUCACUGGACGAGAACAGGUAUCUGGCGAAAUUACAGGAGUUUCAGGAUUCGGCUAUUGAAAUUGAUCUGAUAAAUACUAAAAAGCAUCACAAACGACCGGAACAGGAGCCCCGAAUUGUUUAUCAAAUUGGGAAGAGUGAAGAGGAACUGCCAGAGUGUUUGGAUAAGAGCGAGGUAUGCAGCAAAGUGGAUUUAUAUGGGGAUCCGUGGGUGGAGAGACAGUGCAGAUGUCCUGGUGGACGUACAUGUCCUAGCACUAUACAUGCUGACGAUGGACACACAAUUGUGGAUAAGACCAGGCAAUAUAAGCUCUGUGAGCCUGUCAAAAGACUACCAAUUUGUCGUUACUUCAAAGACAUCACAUGGACCUUAGCCCCAGGAGUUGGCCCUAAUAAUUCAACAGUUCAACAGGUUCACUGCCGGUGUCGUCCAGGGAGUGUUCCUUAUCUCGUAAGAAGAUCAACCCACAAACUACCCCAAGGCAAUGCCACCUUCAUCUACGCCUUUGCCUGCUCACCACAAAGUCGAUUAAGGUGUCAGCAUAAAGAGCCCUGUCGUCUCUUCACAGUUCGCAAGCGCCGAAGCUCUCAACUGGAAGAAGUCAACGCAUCACCUCUCUGCCAAUGCCCGAAGGGAAAUAGAUGCCCCAGGAGGCACACAGACCCGGGCUCUCUUCCAGCAAGAUCAUACCGUGGUGCCCUUGAGAUAAAAACCUACAGUGGUUACUGCGUUCCAGCUCAUCACACCGAGCCAGUCUACACCCUUUGAUCGUCUCUUACCUCAGAGGACCAACAAUCCCAAUGAUAUGACCAGCCUCAACCUAUCAGAGAAUUAUCGGUAGAUUGCCUCCUGUACCGACUGUGGAUAAAUUGCAACGAAUAACGACAUGAGAAAUUGACGAAGAGAAAAUGUGUGAAAGGUAGAACCUUCUCAAGGACAUUCCAUUCAGCCCUUUCCCUCCUUCUCGUCGUACGAUUUUUACCACGAAAUAGUAUUAGAAGUUGAGGGGAACAGUUGAUAGUGUUGAGGAAAGUGUUUUGAAUUUUUUUAUUUCAAGAAUUUAACAAAUUCUCAUCUUGAUCAUUGAGAAAAAACCUCUGCAAAAGCUUUAAGUGACAAUCGUCGUACAUCGAGUGUUGGUGAACUGUGGAAAUUGUCCACCGUUGAAUAAUUGAUUGUAAAAACGAUUAUUGUUCACUGGUGGAAUUUUUUUCCGAAUUUUCAAUUGAAAAUUGUGAUCACAAUUUUUCCAAUACGAAUAAAUCCCCCGCACUCAGUGUACAACGUCACAAUAUUAUCCAUUAAGGUCAAAGAGAUGUUUUCUUCUAAUUCUGAAUUAAUUGUAUAAACAAUGUAUAGAUGUAUUUCAGGUACGGUCAAGAAAUCAAUCUCGACGAUUUUACCAUUGUUUCCUCGCUAUUUCUGCAAUUAUUUCUCUUUUAUUAAUUUUGUCGACGGUUAAUGACUAUUGUGCGACGUUUCGAAAAUAGAGAUGAAGAAUUAUUUUCUUAUGUUAUAUUAUUAGCACUAUAUCAGUUAAUGUUUAAUCUAGACGACAGGUUCUUUUUGGCUAAUUCAUAUUUCGAAUGCCAUUGUCGACGUUCGGAGGGAGAGAAUGAAAGUAAAUUUACAUAAAUGAUGAUAUUGAGCUGUAUAUAUGAUUCGCUUUCGGAGUGAUUAGUGUAAGAUGAUGGAAAUCGAAGUGAACGGUUUUUUUUUCAAUGAUGAUGAAACGUUGAUUUGAGAUUGACGUUGAUCAUGUUUGUAUAAUUUCCACUGGUUUAAGAAAAUAUAUGGCAACUCUGUUAAAUAA